AUGGUAGUAAUGAAAAUCACCUACUUAAUGGCAUCAUCGCUGUCAAUUCAGCUGCUCAAGGUGAUGGGUCAUGAUAUGACAAUCUGUGAAGUCACUUUCACGCUUGAACGUUUAGUUCAGAGGCGACGUCGGCAGGAUAAAUCCGGAAGCCAUGUCCAACAGCAACAAUUCACGAAAAUCGAUAUAUUGAUUGAAAUAAAAUGA